AACUGACCAUAAACUCACAUCUGAUAGAGAUGAAUUAUGAUGAUAUCCUUAACAGUCCUGCGUUUAAGGUAUAGUUCGAUAACAUCGUGGUGCAAAGUUUUAACACGAAAUAUUAGUGCUAUGGACUACCACUCCUUCAAUUCAAAAAGAUUUCGUCUUAUAGCUGGAAGUGAUGAGGCAUGCUCUCAGAGUAAUGGAGUUGCCUAUUAUAUGCAUCGGGAUCAGCGUGUUCAGGACAAUUGGGCAUUUAUAUACUCACAAGACCUUGCAUUGAAGCAUAACUUACCUCUUUAUGUACUGGCUGGCUUGAACGUCAAACAUCCAGAUAGUCCUGAAGCUACUCGAAGAGCUAUAGAUUUUACGCUUGGGGGGCUACAAGAAGUUGCAAAUGAAUGCUCACAGCUUGGUAUUGAAUUUCAUUUUCUUCAAGAUCAUCAUGUGCCAAUGCACAGCCGCAUUCUCAAGUUUAUGCAAGAAACAUCAAUAAAAUGUAUUGUUGCUGAUUUCAGCCCAUUGCAUCCUCACAGGAAUCAGAUUAAAGAGUUAGGUGAUAGAAUAGAUAAGGAGAGUUGUUUGUUUCAAAUUGAUGCUCAUAAUAUAGUCCCCGCAUGGGAAGCCUCCAACAAGGACGAACCUCGAGCCAUGGAAAUGAGACAAAAAAUUAUGCCUCGCUUCAACGAAUUCUUUACUGAGUUUCCUGUCAUUAAAUCACAUCCCAUUAAGGCAUUGAAUGCUUCUCCUAUCAUAAACUGGGAUCAAAUUAGAAGUUCUGUGUCUGUUGAUGAAUCAGUUCCGAGUUGUGAAUGGGCUCAACCUGGCUCACGUUAUGGUUUGCAAAGAUUACAGAAAUUUGUUGCUGAAGGUUUAAAAAUGUACAAUGAAAAACGGAACAUUCCUACAGUAGAUGCAAUUUCAAAUCUGUCACCAUGGUUUCAUUCUGGACAUGUUAGUGCCCAAAGAGCUGUUAUUGCUGUCAAGAAAUACGAGGAAUUGUAUCCUAAAUCUGUAUUCAAAUUUGUUGAUGAAGCUGUUGUAUGGAGUGAAAUGUCAGACAAUUACUGCCUCCAUAACAAAAACUAUGAUAACUUGAAUGGUGCUCCCAAAUGGGCUAUUGACAGUCUAAAUCAGCAUAGGGGUGAUAAAAGGGAGUAUCUCUAUUCUAGAGAGCAAUUUGAAAAAGCCCAAACACAUGAUGAUCUCUGGAAUGCUGCUCAAAUUCAGCUAAAUUUAGAAGGGAAGAUGCAUGGAUUCAUGAGGAUGUAUUGGGCUAAAAAGAUUCUAGAGUGGUCAAGUAGUCCAGAUGAGGCAAUAGCAAUUGCUUUGUAUCUUAAUGAUCAUUAUAGUUUGGAUGGAGCCGAUUCUAAUGGGUUUGCAGGUGUCAUGUGGGCAAUUGCUGGAGUACAUGAUCCUCCUAAAUGGGGUGAAAGACCUGUUUAUGGUAGAAUUAGAUACAUGUCCUAUAAAGGCUGUAAAGGGAAGUUUGACAUCUUUGAAUACAUUAAAAAGUACAAGUCAGAGGGAGCCCCCUCAAAAGCACAGGGAGGACUUCACAACUAUUAUCCAAAAUCUCAGCCUCAAGGUCGAAAACAAGGGCCUGGGCGUGUUCAAGGGUCUUGGGGUGGUGUGAACUCUAAUAAAAAUCAAUGAUCAUGUUUUAUUAGUUUUAUAAUGCAAUCAACAUAAAUUUGCAUUUAGUGCUUAAUUUUAUUAUAUUAUUUGUGACCCUCAUUGUAUUCACGAGAAAUAGUACUGAUAUUGUAAUUGUGCCCCUGCCCUACAUUUUGAGUGACCCUCAUUGAAAUGAGUUGGAUCAAUUUCUUGUUUUAUUCAAUUGUGUUUUAGAUCUUAAAUAGGACUUAAUUGUUGUGUAACUCAGAUUGUAAAGAUGUUUUCUGAAUGGUAGUAGAAUUGUUGUGUUGCAAUUGGAAUUUGGAUGAUUAUAUUUAAUUCCAACCUGACCAUUACUUACGUCUUCGAUAGACAUUAGGCAUGUUUGCUAUGAA